AUGGUGCCAGCGCCGUGGACAUGGAGUGGUGAGCAGCAGCAGGAGUCCAAGCAAGAUUGGAUGUGCAAGUUUUGCACGUUUCGUCGUACUGGGGCUCCUCUCAUCAACUAUGGGAUCCAUGAGAAGUGCUACAAGUGCAAGUUGCACAAGGGGGUGGCAUUCAAGUGCGUCGUUCCCUCGGACUCUCCCAGCAGGACCAAGCGCAAGGCCGACGGCACCAAUGUUGCAGCGGCUGCAUCGUAUGCCAAGUUGGAGAAGCGUCUGCACCAGCUGGAGGCCGAGAGUGCAAAGCUGCGUGCUUCGCCUGACUUGGGCGGAGGCGACGCGGCAGAGGAGCACAAUGAGUCGGAAGAGCUACGUGAUGAGAUCGACGGUCUCAGCAAGCAUGUGCAGUGGCUGGAGUCGGUCCGCUCCCCUUGGGCGGAGCUACCUCUAAAGGCUGCUCGCGAGCAGCUGGAGGGAGCUCGUCGCAGGCUGUAUGAGAACAAGCCCUUGCCCGCGAAGCUCACGGCCUUGUCGCGCCGAGUUGAGCAGGCCCGCAUCCGCUACCAGAAGGCGGAGCAGGACAAAGUGGCAGCGGACCAGAAUCUGCUCAAGGCGCAGGAGGAGGCCAAAGCAGCUGCGCAUGUGGUCCUGGAGCGCCAGAAGGUCUGCCUGCAGCUGGAGGAGGAGGUGCGUGCUCUCGCAUCUUCGCAGCCAGCUGAUGAGCCAGGUCAGCAUCAGGCCAUGGACCUCACGGGCCCUGAGAUCAAGUUGGACGAGGCCAAGUUGCUUUCAGCGCUUGGUGCGAUGGAGGGCGUCGAGGACGCCAGCAAGCUGGCCCCGAAGCUGGCUGAGGUGCUCAAGUCCUGGGCGGCUGAGCUGCUGGAGGAGCAGCCCGACAAGCGAGCCCGCGGGGCAGCGAGCGGAGGUCAACCAGCGGCGCCGCCCCCAGCAGCAUGGGACAUCGACACGAUCGAGGUGGAGCUGCUGCGCGAGGAU